AAAAGAGGAUUUCGCUGUGAUUUAUCUCCAUCUAGGCGAAGAUCGAAGCUGAAAAUCAGCAGGUGCAGGAAAUGAUCCAACCUUUACUGGAUGCAGAAAAUGGAUUUCUGAAGGAGUUGGAGAGCUUCCUGGCUCAGGAGGAGGUCGCAGAGCUGAGGAGGAAGGAGUUUCUUCACAAGCGCUGGACUGAGCGUGUCUGGUUACCUACGCAGAAGAGAGMGGAGGAACGCAUGUCCGGCUGCAGGAGGUGUCCCAGCUUGUGCUACCUCAGACCCUCCAACUCCAAGGGCUUUGUGUCUCCUGGCACCUACGAUCCACAAGUGUACAACCGUUUUCUGCUCAACGUCAAAAAGCUGCAGCAUUUCAAGCUCAAAAUGGCUGAUUUAAGCGAACCAGUCUUCAGCUACAAGAAAAAUGUAAGAGAAUGAGGACAUCCUGCUCUUGUAAAACAGCUAUAAAGCAUGGAUUUUUCUUUGAAACGAUCAAAGUUCUGAACAUUGGAAUUUGUUCUUGAAACAGAAAAUUGUUGAGGGUCUCGCUUCAUGCCUGUAAAGCACAUGUCAAACUGAAGGCAGCGCUAGUUAAUUUAUUUAGGUCUGCAAGUUCAGAACAUCAACAACGUCAAGUUACAUCUUGAUGUUGUGUUUGAAUGACAAUAAACGAUUCUUCUUCUUGAAGAAGCACAUAUCCUCAAUAAAUCUUAGYGGCGUUAAUACUAAAGCACAACUUUAUCUCUGUUUACCAGACAACAUCCAGGUAAGACAUAAAUCAGCACUUUACUACCAUCUAGUGGUGAGAUUAUUUUCUUUGACAGAUCGGCACAUAUCGGUGCAGAAUGGGGAGGUGAUUUGUAGAAACACUUAUAAAUCAUGGUUGUAUUACAAAAUAUAGUUGUGGAUUGCUAGUUCUGCUGCUUCUUGGUCAUUUUCUUAUAUGUAUGGCAGGGCUUCGGUAAGAAAACAUGCAGAUAUAUUAGUAAUUUUAAACUGUAGUAAAACUGAAGCAAUGCAUUCUGGGUAGGCUACAGGACACGGACCAGGAACUCCGUACUUUUCAAAAUAAGAGCGUGAUUUUAAACUGUUCCGUGUUUCUUUCUUUACUAUUAUUUAUUUAAUAUUUAUUGCCACGGUGUCCCUCAGAGAGGGGAGGUACAAACUGCACAGCUGAGUGUGGUUCUGCAGAUCAGAACCGCAGUUAGAUUGUCACCCAGUGAAGAAGUUCUAAUUGCUUCGUCCCACGCAAAGAAUUGUGGGAACACUACAGUCUCAGUGGAAACCGUCACCGAGAAGAGUCAGAAGUCAGAGUAUAAAGCUCUGAACCAGUUUCUUCACAGUGGAGCUACAUUAUGUUAAGUAGAAACGGCUUCAUUGUUCGAGAAAAACAUGACAAAGAUUUAAUGAAUUAUGUUGCUACUAAAGGUAGUGAGACUAGACGGCUCUCUCUUUACUUUAGACAAAAUUUAUGUUUGAAUGUGAACCAUUUUUUGCGAUUGGCGCUACUCAWUUCUAAAUUUAGAAAGCGCAAAUCCGCACAUCAUUCUAUGAAUUUAGUAAAACCCUAAAGCGCAAAGGAGAAAUUUAGGUCUGCAACUAGCACUUUAGGGGACUAAUGC